AAAAACACUUGGAUAAAGAUGAGAAGAUCUUCUCCGAACAACUUUCAACACAUCUUUGAAUUCAAAGAUCUAACUUCUGGCAUUACUAAUCAUUUGAAACAGGUUUAUGGAACCCUUUCUAUUGGAUGUUUAUGUGCAGCCGCCACUUGUAUGUGGACUCCUGCAGCUCUUGUUAACAAUUUUGGAUUCCUCCUCCUCUCUAUCAUUGGGACUAUUGGGCUGAUAUUCACAAUGUUUGCAAAGAGAGGAAAUCAAGACCACGGAACUAAAUUUUUAUGUUUCCUUGGAGUAGCAUCCAUUACUGGUGCUGGUCUCAGACCUCUUCUGGAAAGAGCCGCUGAAAUUGACCCUGCUAUUAUUGUGAAUGCUCUUGUUUAUACUGGAAUCAUCUUCGGAUCAUUCACAUUUGCCAGUCUUAAAACUAAGAGAAGAAGUAUGCUCUUUAUUGGAGGUUUCUGUGGGUCAGUUAUGCUCGGGCUCUCAACUACCUUAUUGUUCUCAUGGAUCUUUGGGCUCCACUUGAUCAGCCAUCUAGCAUACAGCGUCAUUACCCUAGUUGUAUUCAGCUUAUACGUAAUCUAUGACACUCAGCUCAUUGUUGAGAAGGCUUCCAGAGGCGACCUAGACUAUAAUCUGCAUGCUCUCGAGCUAUUUAUCGACGUUGUAGAGAUUUUCACAAGACUUGUGAUCAUUCUCAUGGAGCUUUCAGACAAGAAGAAAAAAGAUAAGUAA